AGCCAUUUUGUAUUUUAUUCCAGUUACACAUUUGUGCAGCAAAGUUUUAGAUCUUGAGUUUUUGUUAAAAAUUAUGUCAGAUUCAGGCAAAAAAUUGAGUGACCUACGUGUUUGUGACUUGAAAGAAGAGUUGGAGAAAAGGAAUUUAGACACUGUUGGAGCUAAGGCUACUUUAGUUGAACGGCUUGAGAAGGCAAUAAAAAGUGAGGGACUAGAUCCGAAUAAGUAUCAAUUUUUACCUAGUGCCAAAGGUAUAUCUAAACAAAGUAUUAUGGAUUCAGUAAAAGCGGAUACCAAGACUACGGAAGAAAUAAAAAUCAAGGAAGAACCUAUGGAUCAUGAAGAUGUGGCUUCUAAAAGCGAACAUGGUGACCAGGAAGAGGAUGAUGAAAAUGAACAAUAUGAUGGUGAAGAGGAUGAUGAAGUGGAUCAAGUAGGUGAUGUUGAUGACGAAUGUGUAAUAAUCGAUGAUGAAAGGAGGCAAGGCAAUAAUGGGAUUUCAAAUGUCGGACCAGUUGGCGAAGAGGAGAACGCCGGUGAAUCAAAUGAAGAAUCCAUAAAUUUAACUAUUGGUGAGGAGGAGCAAAAACUUUUACAUGACGAGGCACCUGAUGACAAGGAAAAGACCGAAGCCGAGGGUAUAUCGCAAAAAAACUCCAAAAAGGCAGCAGCUUCAAAGGACGUAAGGACGUCAAAGGGUGGUUCCAGUAGCAACAAGGACGAGCGUAAAAGCAACAAAGUUGAAGAUGAGAAAACAAAGCGAAAGGAAGACAAAUCCAACGAUAAAAAAGAAGAUAGUGACCAAAAAUCUUCAAACAAAACAUCGCAAAAGGAUGACAAAGAAAAGUCCUCAGCCAAUGCCUCAGCGAAAUCGUCUUCCGCAUCAAAGCAGACAACUCCUUCACGUAAUCUUUGGGUAUCUGGAUUAUCGUCAUUAACCCGGGCCAGUGAUCUGAAAACUAUAUUCUCCAAGUAUGGGAAGGUAAUAGGAGCUAAGGUGGUUACCAACACCCGGACACCAGGUACCCGCUGCUACGGUUAUGUAACCAUGUCCUCAUCUUCGGAUGCCAGCCGUUGUAUUGAGCAUUUACAUCAUACCGAGCUGCAUGGACGAAUAAUAUCUGUAGAACGUACAAAGAACGAAAUUGGCAGCAGCUCAACAAGCGCCUCCAAAUCCCGUUCGGAAGGAAUAAAAAAGGAUGAAGAAAAGAAGAUGCGCGACACGACAUCUAAGACGAGAGAUGACAAACGCAAAACUAAUGACUCAGCUAAGAAGGAUGAUUCGUCAAAGAAGCCGGAAGUAGAGAAGGACAAGCAACACGAUAAAGACAAGGAAAAACAAACCAGCCAAAAGGAUGAAAAGGAUAAAGAAAAAGAAAGAGAUAAAGAGAAGAGUGUGGGUAGCAAUCGAGAAAAGCCAGCCGUUUCCAAGGAGGGGAACAAAGAACGUAGUACCAGGGCACAUCCAAAUCGUAGCCGCUCUAAUGAUCGUAAUCGUAAUGACCGAAACAUCCGUGAGCAGCGACAGAGGGAGCGUGAACGUGAACAGCGCAUCAGACAGCGAGAGUACAUACAAUUACGAGAAGAGCGUGAACGUCAACGUUUGCGGGAACGCGAACGUGAACUUCGGGAAGAAGAACGCCGCCGCCGCGAAAUUCGCGAACGCCAACGACAAGAAGAAGCUCGCCUGGCUGAGGAGCGCCGGAAACUAGCUCUGGAACGUGAACGCUUGGAGAAAGAGAAAGCUGAACUGCUGCGUUUGGAACGUGAAAGACAAAAACUAGAACGAGAGAAAAUCGAGUUGGAGCGGCUAGAAUUAAAACGGCAGCAAAUGAAGAUUAUUCACUCUCGUGAGGACCCUAUUAAGAGGCUAUCUAAAAGGUCCAGCGACGAACGUUAUCCUGACGUGGCAGACAGAAAACGAUCAUCCGGAAGUGCCUCUCAUUUCGAAGCACCACCCCCACCGCGUUUCGAUGCUAGUCUUGUGACAUCAUCAAGAGGUUAUGACAAAAAAAGGGAUGAUUAUGGUAGUUCGUCAUCAGGAAAAAGAGGGAUUGAGGAAUACUCGUCUUCAUCGAAACGCAUGGAUUAUUCAAAACGAGACGAUUUUUCCAGUGCAUCUGUUAAGCGCUCUGCGUUGGACGAUUAUCCAGUUGUUCCUGCUAAACGUAGUACAGAUGACUACGGUAAACGCAGUAAUGACUACUUGUCGUCGUCUUCGUCAAAACGUAUCUUGGAAGAAUAUGGGGCAGGCAAAUCUUCACGUGACGAUUACAAGCGAGAGGUUGAAAUCAGGCAUGUAGCAGCUGCAGGCAGCAACAGUUCAUCAUUCCAUUCAAGUCGAGAUGUUAGUUCAACCAUUCAUAAGACCAGUGCUGGACGUUAUGGAGACUCUGAAAGGUCCUCAAGUAGUUACCGACGUGGUGGCAUGGAUGACAUUCGAUCUGCAUCUGGAAACAAGCGUUAUGAUAACUCCAAUUCAUAUGGCGGCUCUAAUAAUGGUAACAGUAUCUGGGCAUCGUCCACACAUUUAAGCGGAAGUACCGGGGGCAGUGGAGUCAAAUCUUACGUCGGUAAUGGUAUGACCAGUAUGCACAGCAAUUCAACUUGGCAAAAAUCUAUUGAAGAAAACAAUUGGCGUCCCAUGCCAUCCACUCAAGAUCGUUUCGAUCGCACGUAUAAUGAACGCUCUAAUAGCGGUUACAACAGUGGAGGAAUGUUUGGGAGUGGGGGACGUUAUGGAGGACAACUUUCACGCUACUAGAAUUUUACUGUGUUACAUGAGUGGCAUGUCCGAAUGGAAGUUUAAGACAGAAUAGACGAAGGAAAUUAUUAUUAAAAUAAUUUAUCUAAGCUAGUAAAUGUUGCGAAUGAUGGUUAUCACGUAGCAUGUAAUUCUAAUUUUAAGUUUUAGAUACCAAUUUGACAAAAACGCGUCGUUCUGUUUAUAAAACUACUUAAAAUGAGUAAUGUAUAGAAAGAUAAUGAUUGAACAAUCAUUAUUUUAACUUUUUCAUUCUGUUUCUUAUUGCUGUUUUCAUUGAU